UGUGGUCUGAUUCAACCACCGUGCUUGAAUGGCUACAAUCAGACUCUUGCAGAUUUAAAGUGUUUGUUGGAACUCGUGUCUCGGAGAUACAGGAGCUCACAGAUCGGCAGGCUUGGCGGUAUGUGGACAGUCUGAAUAAUCCAGCUGACGACAUAACUCGGGGAAAGACAUUGAUGGAGUUAACAGAGUCUGCUCGAUGGAAGCAAGGACCUCAAUUCCUCACGCAGAAUGUAGAACAUUGGCCAAAGAAGCCCAAGUAUGUCACAAAGGAAGCUUCACCUGAGCUGAAAUCCAGUACCUUCUGUGGCAUCGUCGCACUGAAGCUGAACCAACACGUUCCUGAUGCCACGACGUACAGCUCUUGGAAGGAACUUGUCGAAGCAACUCAACACUUACACGGGGCGGCAGCAGGAUCAGCUCAGUCUACCAGUCGUAGAGAGGCAGAAGUUUUGGUGUUGAGAAGUUGCCAAGCACAAAGUUUCUCAGAAGAGAUAGCUGCACUUCAAGCACAAAAACCUGUACACAAUCACAGCCGACUAGCAAGCCUCGCUCCAGAAUGGGACGCUGAAACAUUGCUAAUCCGUGUUGGAGGAAGACUGCGGAGAUUGCGUAACGCAAGUGUUGAGGAAGUUCAUCCUGUUGUGUUGGACUCCAAACAUCCAGCAGUGAAACUCCUUAUUAAGGAAAUUGAUGAACGGCUGUUGCAUCCUGGCUCAGAACGAGUGUAUGCAGAAAUACGAAGACAGUUUUGGAUUCUGCGUGGACGACAAGCCAUCCGACACCAUCAACUCAACUGUCCAUCCUGUCAGCGGUGGCGAGCACAACCAAAGGUGCCACAGAUGGCAGACUUGCCUCCCCAACGUCUAAGACUCCUCUCUCCACCCUACUACUCAACAGGAGUUGAUUGCUUCGGACCAUAUUUGGUAAAAAUCGGCAGGAGAACAGAGAAAAGAUGGGGUCUUCUCUUCAAGUGCCUCACAACCCGAGCCGUUCACAUCGAACUUCUGAACUCCUUGGAUGUAGAUGCCUUUCUUCUCGCUCUUCGUCGGUUCAUCGCCAGACGAGGAAGACCCAAAGAAGUGCUGUCCGAUUGUGGCACUAACUUCCGGGGCGCUGAACGAGAGCUGAGAGAGGCCUUCGCUGCCCUUGAACCGGAACUCAAGAAGCAGCUAAUGGAUUAUCAGAUAGACUUCAAGCUCAACCCACCUAAUGCUCCUCACUUUGGAGGAAUUUGGGAACGGGAAGUGCGCUCAAUCAAAGCUGGUCUACGAGUAGCGGUAGGGAGCCAAUCCACCACAGAAGACGUCCUUCACACAAUCUUGGUGGAAGUAGAGGGGAUAUUGAAUUCCAAACCCUUGGGCUAUGUAUCCGCUGACGUGGCUGACCUCGAUCCCAUCACGCCAAACAUUCUCCUUAUGGGGCGGCGGGACGCCACACUCCCACAAGCUGUUUAUGCUCCAACUCGACAGAAGUGGAGGAAAUCAACUGGAAACUUACAAGAGAACGCCGUUGUAUUGAUUGUGGACCCAACGCUUCCGAGAGCUCAGUGGCCUGUCGGGAAAGUGGUGAAGACGGUCGCCAGCCAGGAUGGAUGUGUUCGGACGGCAGACGUUCUAGUCAAAGGGAGGAUCUACACACGACCAGUUGCCCGCCUCAUUGAACUUCCUGAGCUUCAUGAUGACUCGGAAGAUACUAAAGACUCUUGAAGACUUCUUGGGUCUCACAUUUGCCGAGCAAAUGUGGGGGCGGCUGUUAAGAAUUCUUCAAAUAGUUUAGUAAUU